AUGAAUAGAGAAAGCCAAGAUGAAGGUAAAAAAGAAUGCAGUCGCUGUUAUGGCAUAAUUAAAAUUGAGGACUUUUGCCGUCCACGAAAUAGCAAUCCGCAAUACGAACAUUCAACCUGUAAUAAAUGUUAUGAGCAACGCAAAAAUAGGCGAAAAGAAGUAGAUGUAAUCUCCAGCAAAAGAAAACAACUUGAAACUGAUCCAGCUGUAAUCACGGGUUCAAUUACAGCUGUAAAUUCUAGUCAAACUGAUUCAUAUAUGGAUCUUGAACAAGAUAGUGAUGCUUCUGAAGAUUCGUCGUCAGAUUUGUUGUGUGAUAAUAAUGCGCAAAGUGACCAAGAUAUAGAUAAUAUCGAAUUCAGUAAUAUUAAUGGGCUUCUAUAUAAUUUAGAUGAGGUAGAAGAGUUAAUUUCAAAGCGAUUUCAAGAUGCAAAAAACUCAAAUGAGCCGGUGGGAACAAAUUUCGAAAUUGAAAUCGAUUCAAAUCUUCUUGAAAGCAUUUUUUCGGAAUUCUUGUUAGAUUUAGAUACACAUGAUUUCGGAACUCUUAAAGAAAGCUUUCAUCAACUAAUAGGUGUUGUUGUUAUACCGUUAGAAUAUGGGUCUGGCUACUACUGGAAUGUAUCUAAAAUGUAUCCUAAUACAAGAAAGAAUAAAUUUACUGGUUGUGUAACGGCAUACCUUGAAUGUGCACAACGAAAUGAUAGGAAAUGGGAAAGACCUGAGAAUCAGCCUGUAAAACGAAAAAGUGAAGCUCGUGCUCUCAUUGAGCGAUAUGACUGCUUUGGAAAAAUCAAACUAACUAUCGAUCCUCAGCAACGACGUAUUAUUGUUCAAGUAACUCAUCAACUAGCACAUGAGCAUUUGGAGUAUAGAAAGGCUGAAUUUCCAACACAAACAAUCUGUCAAGAAAAUAAUCCUUGGAAAAAUUUUAGAUCUACAAUCGUUGAUGAUUCUAUCGAAGAACUAAGCUCAAAUUUCAGUAAUCUACAAAAUAUAGAAUUAAUAGAAAGAAAUAACGCAAAUGAUGAAAUAGAAAUAAAAUUAGCUCACUAUAAAAAAAUUUUUGAUUUCGCCUUAACGCUGUAUAAUAGAAAAAGAGAUAAUGCUCAUUUUGUUAAGAACUUCGAUAAUCUCCUAAAACCAGUUGUCAAAGCUAUCGAAAAAU